GGGAGACCUGAGUGUCCGCGACUACAAUCUAACAGACAUGACCCACCGCCCCCACUUCCUGCUCGCCGUCUGCAUCCUGACCUGUCCUCUUGUCAGCGGUCUGUUUGAGUGGUUGAAGAACUCAUGGACUCCUCCUACGGCAGCACCUCCUUCUCCUCCUGCAGCGGCUCCUGCACCUCUCGCAGAAGAUGCUCAGUUUGAGAUGACGACUGCGGAUGAGAAGUUUCUGACUGAGGCCAAGCAGCUGGAGCUCAGCCCGCUGGACAGCUGCCAUUACAAGGUGAUCGCUCAACUAAAAUCCAGCUGCGAGGGUCUCUCUGAGGAAACUCUGGCCAAGCUCGGAGUUGAACUCUUUAACUGCCAGGCACAGAGCGAGGGGCGCCGGACGUUUCCGUGUACAGAGGAAAUGACCAUUGGAGCGUGCACAGCCGACAUGGAUCCAGACACGUGGAACGCGUACCACAUCGUGAGCAACAGAGCGCGCUCGGUUUGCUACGCCACUCGCCAGCAGCUUUUUCGGCGGCGAGCGGAGCUCACGGUGAACGCGCUCAUCUCCACGGCCACCAGCCAGCUGGAUGCAAUGAAAGACCUGAAGGAGGGGCAGCUGGAGCUGAAGGAGCUGACCGCGGCGUCUCUGGACAAGCUGCUCGAGGGCCACGGUGCUCUGCACACGCAGCAGGGAAAACUGCACGAAGGCCAGGAGCAGAUGGAGAACUCGCUGAGGGCAAACCUGGACCGCCUGAGUCAGGAAAAGGCCCUCAUCGCCUCUGGACAGGAGCUGGUAGCUCAGCUGAUUCACGGCAUCACAAAGAAAAUGGAGAACGUGAGUGAGCAACUGCAGAUCCAAACCUCAGAGGUGCAGGACGGCCACAAGGUGAUCGCCGAGGACCUCGCAGAUGUGAGACGGCAAGCUCAAGACAUCUACCAAAGAAUUGACCAGAGCGUGGCCGAGUUUCUGCUGUACCAGGACCAGACUUCGCAGUACUACACCGACCUGAUGGACAAACUGCAGCGCAUGAACAGCACCCUGGGCUUCAUGCUGCACCUUCUGGAUCGCAUGCAGGGUGGGAUUGAGGAGAGGCUGCACACGAUCCAGGGCUACCUCGGCCGGACAGGUUUAAGUCUGACAGCCAUGUGGUCGUGUCUGGCACACACAGGAUACUUGGUGUUGUGUGCGGUCCUGCUGACGUUCCUGCGUUGUUCAGGUUUCUCUCGAGCCAUGCUGCUGCUCGUGGUGCCCCUGAACGCAGCGGCAGAGGUCAACCAGCAGCCGGCGCUGGAUCUGAGCAGCCUCAGCUUGCUGCUGCUCGCUGCAUCUCUAGGGCACUGGUUUGUGACGCAGCUGUGGGUCUUUCUGAGCAGAGAGUCGGCUGCGUCACUCCCUCCUCCUUACCCAGUCUACGUCGUGGCGCCGCAAAAAGAGGCGAAGUCGUCAGAAAACUCGUAUCCUCCGUGUUCAACACCGCAGAGGGAGGUAACGGACGGCGUCGAGCCAGAUGACUCCAAUUAUGACAAUUUAUCAGCUGACCUGAGCAUAUCAGUAGUGUGCCCCCCUCCCAGUAAACCAGAGCCCAGGUUUCCCCCUGCGUUUGGUUUAUCCAGUCACUCCACUCCCAGACCGACUCCUCACUCGGUUUUCUCAAGAGGUCUGACCGAUGACAUCAUCCUGAAGAACCUGGGAGGGGUUUCAGAUUCAGAGUUCUGGUCUGAUUUCAGGACCGACUCGAGGAGAGCCAGUCCCGCCCCAUCGCUGGCCACCAACAGCUCGCUGUCCGGCCGGCAGCUGUGUAACGGAAUCACAAAAACAGGCAAGGCCUGUAAGAAGAGAGCCGUGUUGGGACAGGAGUUCUGCCGAGUCCACGAGGGGGGGCACGCCUCUUACACGCUCUCCUGA